AUGAAGGAAUCUGGGUCCCGAGAGGGGGAAAGUAAUGAUCUUGAGAAAACUAGUCGUUCGAGGAGCUCGAACGUUGGCUCAUCCCCGACAUCAGAGACAGUGAUUGAAGAGAAGAGUAUGGAUGUGACAGAGCCAUAUCACAGCGGAGAUAUGGAGGUCCACCAGGAGCGCAAAGCAUCUACAGCACAAUUCGUCCCUGGCGCAGAUCCCGUAUCUGCUGAAAGGCAGUCAUAUCUGUUGGAUCCAGCUUCAAGUCCGCCAGUACGGCCCAAGAAUUUGCGAUCCAGAAACAGUCGAUCGCAAUCGGCUUCACUUCCAGGUGAGCCGCAACACGCACGAUCUCCAAGAUGCUCGCCAUCUAUUCAACCUGCAACAUUCCCACCAUGUCAAGCAUCUACACUGUCUCUGUCAUCUGCACCAUUUGACCCAUAUAUACCAUGUACAGCCCCAUGUGUCAAUAGUCAGCAUACUUCAUGGCCGGGCUAUGCGGCUGCGAAUGACAGAGAGCGGCCGCAGACCAUUGGCGACCCUCCUACGUCGAGCUACGAACAAAUGCGCCCGGCACCAUGUCCUCAAUACUUCAACCAAGAAUAUUAUUCGGAGUGCCAGGAGUGGAAAACGCAGGUAGAGUACGUGAGUCCCUGUAUGACUACUACGACAGAGGAGCAAAGACGGACUCUGAAUAACAUGUCACAUAUAUAUGGCCCGGUGCCUUUCAUCCCGCUCCAUCACAGGAUGUACAGAACUCCCAACCACGUCCGCAAUCUCAUAGUUAUGGUGCCUUUCAUCCCGCUUCACCACAAGAAGUACAUGAAUCCUACAUGUAUCCUCCUCUUGUUUAUAGUUUCCACGGGAGACGCUACGAUGAAACACAAAUUUGGGGUAUGA